UGGAAAGGGUUCUAAAGAUGAAGUGAGGUUGCCUCAACCUACUUCUGGUUGAUGCUUCUAAGCUUUUUUCUGUUUCAAAGCCUGUGCUACUUUGCGUAUGAACACAGCGAUGUCGAUUCCCCAUCUUGACAUCACCAAUUACCCAAGUACCCUCUUUCAUUGUAGGUUUUGCUUUUUCUGUUUUUCUUUUGUUUAAUGAUCAGUGAUUGAUUUUAAACUCAAUAAGAUCUGUGCAAACAACUAUCUACUAGAGUUCAGCAGAUUUCCCAACAUGUCAAACGCGUAGCUCCAUCCUACACCAGAUCGAGCACCAAAUACUAACACGAACUAAGCUCUUGCAGUUUGAUAAUUUAGAAAGAGAACAUAGAUUCGAGACACCAUUUUGUUGUGUGGGCACCUUUUAUAUAGGCCAAAACGAGAGAGGCAGAGGGUAGAGUAGUCAAUCCAGUGCUGAUCAAGGAGUCAAACCCAGCAACAUCUUUCCCUUUUUUGUGCCUUAGCCCACAUGUUAAGUACCUUAUUCCAUUUUCACCACCCUUUAUAUUUUCAUGCUAUGGGAUUAGAUUGGGAGUGAAUAAGAUUAAAUAGAGAGAAAGAGAGGAAGAGGAAGAGGGAGAGGGAGAGGAUGGAAGAACAUGUGGAGAUGGUUGGUAGGGCAUUCGUGGAUCAUUAUUAUCACCUCUUUGACAAAGAUAGAGCUGCUCUGUCUUCUCUAUACCAGCAAACUUCCAUGCUGACCUUUGAAGGACAGAAGAUUGUAGGGGUUGAGGAGAUAUCUUCUAAGCUUAAUCAGUUGCCAUUUGAUCAAUGCCAACAUGAGGUCAGUACCAUCGAUUCACAGCCCUCGUCAUGCACCGGCGGCAUCAUGGUCUUCGUCAGUGGCAGCCUCCAGUUGCCUGGGGAGGAGCACCAUCUCAGAUUUAGCCAGAUGUUUCACUUGAUUCCCACCCCACAGGGAAGCUUCUAUGUGCAGAAUGACAUAUUCCGCCUCAAUUAUGGCUAAUCUGUUGUCAUUCAACCAUUGAUUUAUGUGGCAAAUCUGCCUCAUCACUGUUAAUUGUAUUGAGGGAACAAAACAGUUCAUCAUUCUGUUUUUUGUUUAAUCUUCAGAGGUCUCUGAAUCAGUAUUUUCUGGACUGUUCCUUAAACCUCAUAAAUUUAUUAACAAGUUCUCUCGCA